AUGGGUCAGCACUGUUCAUGCCUCGAGCACACGCACAAGUACCAGAGGAGGCAGUCGGACGAGUUGGGUACCGCGGACAUGGAGAGAGGGGGCGGCGACAAUGACGACGACGGCGAUGAUAGUGACGACGGUGACGAUGCAGGAGACGAUGAGCAGGAACUGGAGCUGCUUGGGGGUUGUGACCACACGGAGAAGAAUCGUGAGAUGCCACGAUCUCGAAGUAAAACGGAUUCCAGUGGACGGAGCAGUCAGUGCGGAUUGCUAAGGCGAGUUGGGUCUACUCGCACGUCUGGGCUGGUACUGGACGGAGACGAAGACGAGGUGGACUCGGAGGUUCCGCACUUGCGACGCGAGUGCGGCGUGGAAUGGAUACAUUGGGAUGCAGACAGCCACGCGAUGCCAUUUUCUCGGCCAGGAGAGCUUCAGAGGUUGCUACACUCGUAUCAGGAGGCGACAGGCGUUAUUGACGAAGGACAAUUAGAACUCGAGUGUAUCGUGUGCUUGGGCACGUUCUCAGUGGACGACCCGAAGGUGCGGACGUUGUGCAUGUGCGGUAUGAAUCGCACGAACUUCCACAUGAGCUGCUUGCUCGAGUGGCUCAAUCGUGACGCCAACUGCCCAGUGUGCCGCGAGUACCUUUACUUUGAGGACUCGUGA